GACGUCAGCACCUUACGUCACUUCCACGCAGGCCUCGCUUCCAAGCUCCGCGCCCCGAGCUGUCAUCGUUUCACCGGGAGAGGCGAAGGGCAUCCGGGAUACCGGCCGAGAGGGGAGCCGUUGACACGCUUUUCUCGAGUGGACAGAUACACCAGUGGACGGUGGGCGUUCCCUUCAUCCCUCUCUGUCCUGGGUCUGACCUCCGUGGACUUUUACUUCCUGUUUUCGUUCUGAGGUUGAGGACGUCCGUCCCGUCGGGACUGACCACCACCACCGUGUGUGUGUGAUAACUUUAAGGACUGCUUAUGCAUCGUUUAAGGACUUGUGCGGCGCGGUUGCGUCCGCUCACCGCCUCGCAGGCGGCUCAGACUGUCGGCCAGCAGCGGCCAAUCACAGUCGCCUCCACAGGCGGCACAAGGACGUUUCAGCCAAUCAGGUGCUACUCGGCACCGGUGGCAUCUGAGCCGUUCCUGAACGGGACGAGCUCCAACUACGUGGAGGAGAUGUACUAUGCCUGGCUGGAGAACCCCAAGAGUGUUCACAAGUCGUGGGAUGUGUUUUUCCGGAACGCCAACGCUGGUGCUCCUCCCGGCGCCGCCUACCAGUCUCCUCUAGGUCUGUCUGCGGCGUCGGGCCUCGUCGCUCCUCAGCUCUCCUCUCUGGUUGGAGCUCAGCCCAACGUGGAGAAGCUGGUGGAGGAUCACCUGGCCGUCCAGUCCCUCAUCAGGGCCUACCAGAUCCGAGGGCACCAUGUGGCCCAGUUGGACCCCCUCGGCAUCAUGGACGCCGAUCUGGACUCGUGUGUCCCCACUGACAUUAUCACCUCCUCCGACAAGCUGGACGUGGCGGUUUUCAAGGAGAGGCUGAGAAUCCUCACGGUAGGAGGCUUCUACGGUCUGGAUGACUCUGACCUGGACAAGGUGUUCCGCCUGCCCACCACCACCUUCAUCGGAGGUUCAGAGAGCGCCCUCCCCCUGAAGGAGAUCAUCCGCCGCCUGGAGAUGGCGUACUGUCAGCACAUCGGGGUGGAGUUCAUGUUCAUCAACGACCUGGAGCAGUGUCAGUGGAUCAGACAGAAGUUUGAGACUCCAGGAGUGAUGCAGUUCACUCUGGAGGAGAAGAGGACGCUGCUGGCUCGCAUGAUCCGCUCCACCAGGUUCGAGGAGUUCCUCCAGAAGAAGUGGUCUGCAGAGAAGCGUUUUGGUCUGGAGGGAUGUGAGUCACUGAUCCCGGCUCUGAAAACCAUCAUUGAUAAAUCCUCUGAGAACGGAGUGGAGAACGUCAUCAUGGGCAUGCCUCACAGGGGUCGUCUGAACGUUCUGGCCAACGUGAUCCGUAAAGAGCUGGAGCAGAUCUUCUGUCAAUUUGACUCCAAACUGGAAGCUGCUGAUGAGGGCUCUGGAGAUGUGAAGUACCAUCUGGGGAUGUACCACCGUCGAAUCAACCGCGUGACGGACAGGAACAUCACCCUGUCUCUGGUGGCCAACCCCUCCCACCUGGAGGCUGUGGACCCCGUGGUGCAGGGGAAGACCAAGGCCGAGCAAUUCUACUGUGGAGACAACGACGGGAACAGGGUGAUGUCCAUCCUGCUCCAUGGAGACGCAGCGUUUGCAGGUCAGGGAAUCGUCUACGAAACUUUCCACCUGUCUGACCUGCCGUCCUACACCACGCACGGCACCGUGCACGUCGUCGUCAACAACCAGAUCGGUUUCACCACAGAUCCUCGUAUGGCUCGAUCGUCUCCGUAUCCCACCGAUGUGGCUCGAGUCGUCAACGCUCCCAUCUUCCACGUCAACGCCGACGACCCCGAGGCCGUCAUCUACGUCUGCAAGGUGGCGGCCGAGUGGAGAGCCACGUUCCACAAGGACGUGGUGGUCGACCUGGUGUGUUACCGUCGGAUGGGUCACAACGAGAUGGACGAGCCGAUGUUCACUCAGCCGCUGAUGUACAAACAGAUCAAGAAGCAGAAACCUGUUCUGCAGAAAUACGCUGAGAAGCUGAUCGCAGAGGGAGCAGUGAGCCGGCAGGAGUACGAGGAGGAAAUCUCCAAGUACGAUAAGAUCUGCGAGGAGGCGCACGCUCGCUCCAAAGACGAGAAGAUCCUCCACAUCAAGCACUGGCUGGACUCCCCAUGGCCCGGUUUCUUCACCCUGGACGGUCAGCCCAAGUCUAUGAGCUGCCCCUCCACCGGUCUGACCGAGGAGAACCUGAACCACAUCGGACAGAUGGCCUCGUCCGUCCCUGUGGAGGACUUCACCAUCCACGGAGGUCUGAGUCGGAUCCUGAAGGGCCGAGCUGAGAUGGUGCGGAACCGCACGGUGGACUGGGCUCUGGGGGAGUACAUGGCCUUCGGGUCGCUGCUGCAGGAGGGAAUCCACGUGCGACUGUCGGGACAGGACGUGGAGCGAGGGACAUUCAGCCACCGUCACCACGUCCUCCAUGACCAGAACGUGGACAAGAGGAUCUGUAUUCCCAUGAACCACCUCUCUCCCGACCAGGCGCCGUACACCGUCUGCAACAGCUCGCUGUCCGAGUACGGAGUCCUGGGUUUCGAGUUGGGUUUCGCGAUGGCGAGUCCCAACGCUCUGAUCCUGUGGGAGGCGCAGUUCGGAGACUUCCACAACACGGCGCAGUGCAUCAUCGACCAGUUCAUCUGCCCCGGUCAGGCCAAGUGGGUCCGACAGAACGGCAUCGUGCUGCUGCUGCCGCACGGCAUGGAGGGGAUGGGUCCAGAACAUUCUUCAGCUCGCCCAGAGAGAUUCCUCCAGAUGUGCAACGACGACCCAGAUGUCAUGCCUAACAUCACAGAGGACUUCGCCGUGCGGCAGCUCUACGACUGUAACUGGAUCGUGGUGAACUGCUCUUCUCCUGGAAACUACUUCCAUGUUCUCAGACGACAGAUCCUCCUGCCCUUCAGGAAGCCUCUCAUCGUCUUCACUCCUAAAUCUCUGCUGCGCCACCCGGAGGCCAGAGCCAGCUUCGACGAGAUGCUGCCUGGAACUCACUUCCAGAGGUUGAUCCCAGAGCGAGGCGUGGCGGCCGAGCGUCCGGAGGAGGUGAAGAGGUUGAUCUUCUGCACGGGGAAGGUUUACUACGAGCUGACCAAAGAGAGGAAGAACAGAGGGAUGGAGGGGAAUGUAGCCAUCGCACGUAUAGAGCAGUUGUCCCCGUUCCCGUUCGACCAGGUGAAGGCCGAGUCAGAGCUCUUCGCCAACGCCGACCUGGUGUGGUGUCAGGAGGAGCACAAGAACCAGGGUUACUAUGACUACGUGAAGCCUCGCAUCAGGACCACGAUUCAGAGAGCCAAACCAGUCUGGUACGCUGGCAGAGAGUCGGCCGCCGCCCCCGCCACAGGAAACAAGAACACUCACCUGAUGGAGCUGCGGCGUUUCCUGGACACCGCCUUCGGUCUGGACGCGUUCAAAGAUCAGCAGUAAAACCUGUGACCUGCAACACCUGGAAGAAACCCUCACCUGUCUCACCUCUGACCCCUCCCCCUCCCAACCCUCCUGGAUUCAGUUUCACAGCAGCAUCAACACACACACACACACACACACACACACACACACACACUCUGUACUACUGAGGAAAUACUAGUCUGCAAACACCAUGUAGUAUAAGUACAUAGUACUCUGUGUACUUAUACUAAAGUAGUGUACUGUCAGCAGUAGUACAGUGAGUACUCUGUGUACUUAUACUACAGUAGAGUACUGUCAGCAGUAGUCCAGUGAAACAGAUUCAAACUAUCUGACAUGAUCAACAGUGUAAUCAAUAUCAUUUCUGUGAUCAGUAAAUCUGCCUGAUGUUUUCCCGAUCAGCUGACUCAGUUGUAUCUAUAUUAAACAGAUCUAUAUCCAGUGUAGUGACACACACCAGAGGGAAACAGGAAACAGCGGAGCGGCUGAUAAACGAUCAAUGGAUUAACUAAAUGAUGAUUUUCUCCCUCUCUGAUUGGCUGCAUCAGACCUGUGAGGUCAGUCAGUGUCAGUGUGUAGUAUAAUACAGAGUACUGGUACUGCACUGUGUACAGCUACUGCAGUACAGGCGUGAUGUGUUCAGGCUCAGCUCCAGCUCGGGAAACGGCAGCGCGGCUUCCUGAAGCUUCGGCCUCAGUUUUUAUUGUUGUUGAUUCUGAAGCUUCACGAUAAAGAAAUUAACACGUUUUUAUUUCCUCCUCGGCGACAGUCGGAGCGGCGGCCAUUUUGUUUUCAGUUCGUCCGUCUCGUUCUCGAGGACACGAUCUCUCAGUAACACCUCGACAGAACAUUCACCCGGACUCGAGGAGGAACUGAGUAGAUUCAGGUGUCUAAAGGUCAGAGGUCACGGUGACAUUGGUUGAUGCCUUCUCUGGAUAAACGGGGCUGUAACCUGGAGCUAGUCUGAGCGGAGGAAGUGGUUCUAGUUCAUUCAACAGAAGAAGCUGAAGCGCCGACGUGUGAAUCAGCGGUCCUCGGCCUGUGGAGGGAACGCCGAUCAGAAAGGAUCAAUAAAUAAGUGAAGGUGAAGUUCGAUCUGGAAGGAAAGAAGAACAUGAGCCGACUCCGACGUGACGAAGCUUCUCUCGUGUUUUCUGUAUGUGGCAGUUUGAGCAGUUAAACUUCCGUUUCAUUGGCACAUUCAUUUAUCGAUUGAUUAAAGCUGAUUGAUCUGCGCAGGAUGUUUCUAAAGAAGCGCAGAUACAAACACACGCAGCUACGACUGUUUCUGCUGCAGAAACUGGAUCUGAGCCUGACACUCAACCUUCAUGACCUUUGACCUCUCAUCACACACCUUCCUCCGUCCACACACACACACACACACACACACACACACACACACACACUCACACACUCCUCCAGCUGUGUUAUAUAACAGCAGUUAUAACAACGCAGACUUCAGAAACAAUGACUCCUCCUUCCUUUUUCUCCUCCUCCUCCUCAUCACUCCAUCACUUCUCAUCACAACCCACAAACUCUCUCCUCUUCACCUGAGAAUUUGCAGGAAACAUUUUAUUUUAGUGCGUUUUUCUUCUUCUUUCUUUUUUCUUAAAUGUCUCGUUAGCAUCGUUAGCGCUCCCCAUUGAAAACCAAUGGGAGUGCGGCUAGCUGGGAAACAGUGAGAGUGUAAUAUUUGAGGAUUGUAUCACUACAGCAGAGGGAGGUUGUUCUUGCCUUGCAGCAGGUGUGUUUGCUCGUUGAGGAAAGUUUGUAAUUAGUCACCACGGCAACGCUUAACUCGCACACUGAGAUUUAAUUUUAUUUGUCUUUUAUUUUGAAGGGGACGCUUGGGGAGUUAAAUGGUGGAGCUCUGCGCUCUCAGGCUUCCCAACAUGAACUCAACCAAAUGCACUGCUGAUGAUGAUGAUGAUGAUUUAACCCCUCGGCUUCUCUCUCUCUCUCUCUCUGUCUCUUUCUCUCUCUCUCUCUCUCUGGCGAGCAUUUACCCCCCCACCCCCGUGCCAAACUGGAUCGGUCGGUCUCAUGUUUUUCUUGUUUUCGGUGUCGAGCAGCUGAAUGAACUCUGUCCGCAGGAAACAAAAUAAAUCUCCUGGUUUGAAGCAGAAAAUCUAAACGACAGCAGAAGAUGAAAUCAGCUGCAGGAAGUGAGACAAAGAAAAUGAUUUAUUUAUUUUCAUAAUAGGGGAUUGAAAUUCUCUUCAUUAUUUUGCUUCAUUCAAUAAAGAAUACUGUAUGUACUGAAAA